UGAGCUGUGGUGAGGAUGAGCAGCAAGCGGAGUUUGUUUGUGCGGCUGGUGCCGUGCCGCUGCCUUCGGGGCGAGGAGGAGCCCGUCACCUCACUGGACUACUCGCAUUGCAGCCUGGAGCAGGUCCCCAAAGAGAUCUUCAGCUUUGAGAAGACCCUAGAGGAGCUCUACCUCGACGCCAACCAGAUCGAGGAGCUGCCCAAACAACUUUUCAACUGCCAGUUGCUCUACCGAUUGAGUCUACCGGACAACGACCUGACGGUGCUGCCACCGGGCAUCGCGAACCUCAUCAAUCUCAAGGAGCUCGACGUCAGCAAGAACAGCAUCCAGGAGUUUCCUGAAAAUAUCAAGAACUGUAAAGUCCUGACCAUCAUAGAAGCGAGUGUGAACCCUAUAUCAAAACUCCCAGAGGGCUUCACGCAGCUCCUCAGCCUGACCCAGCUCUACCUGAACGACGCCUUCCUAGAGUUCCUGCCGGCCAGCUUCGGCAGACUAACCAAACUGCAGAUUCUGGAGCUGCGGGAGAACCAGUUAAAGAUGUUACCAAAGAGCAUGCAUAAGCUCACACAGCUGGAGCGCUUGGAUCUGGGCAGUAAUGAGUUCACUGAAGUGCCUGAAGUGUUGGAGCAGCUUACAGGAAUCAGAGAGCUGUGGAUGGAUGGAAAUAAGCUGACGUUUUUACCGGGGAUGAUCGGGGCACUGAAGCAGCUCUGCUACCUGGACGUGUCCAAAAACAAUUUGGAGAUGGUUGAUGAGCAGAUAUCUGGCUGUGAAAACCUGCAGGAUCUACUGCUGUCCAACAACGCUUUGACGCAGCUGCCAGGGUCUAUAGGCUCUCUGAAAAGACUGACCACUCUGAAGGUGGAUGAUAACCAGCUCAUGUACCUACCUGACACGAUAGGAGGACUCACGACUCUGGAUGAGCUCGACUGCAGCUUCAAUGAGAUCGAGGCUCUGCCGUCCACCAUCGGCCAGUGUGUGAACCUGCGUACGUUUGCUGCAGACCACAACCUGCUCACACAGAUGCCUCCAGAGAUGGGCAGUUUGAAGAACGUCACCGUUCUCUUCCUGCACUCAAACAAGCUGGAGACUCUGCCGGAGGAGAUGGGCGACAUGCAGAAACUCAAGGUCAUCAAUCUCAGCGAUAACAAGUUGAAGAAUCUUCCGUACAGCUUCACUAAACUCAACCAGAUGACCGCAAUGUGGCUGUCUGAAAACCAGUCGAAGCCCCUCAUUCCCCUGCAGAAAGAGGAGGAUCCAGAGACGCGCAAGACUGUACUCACCAACUACAUGUUCCCUCAACAGACCAGAACUGAGGACUAUUUGCCCAACUCAGACAGCGAGAGCUUUAACCCUUCUCUGUGGGAGGAGCAGCGCAAGCAGCGGGCGCAAGUGGCAUUCGAGUGUGACGAGGACAAGGAUGAGAGAGAAACGCCCCCGCGGGAGGGCAAUCUGAAGCGUUACCCCACACCGUAUCCUGAUGAACUGAAGAACAUGGUGAAAACGGCUCAGUCCGUGGCUCACAGACUCAAAGAGGACGAGUCCGGGGACGAGGCAGGAAAAGAGACCAGGGGCAGCGAGAGGAACCACGUCGGAGUGCAGGAUGUUGGCGUGAAGGUGAUUGAAAGACCCUGCACUAAUGGCAAAGCUGUUGAAAUGGUGCCUAAAGCAACGAUGAACAGUCAUCAAAAUUACGAGCCAAUAGAUUCAUUAGACAACCACAGCAUUGAAAGGAUCCCUCUCAAGACCUCCGACAACAUGAGAACUAUGAUGAACCAUGAUGAUACACAUGAGGACUCAGAGGAGCUGUCAUCUGAGGAGGAGGAAAUGAAGAUAGCCGAGAUGAGACCUCCACUCAUCGAAAUUUCCAUUAACCAGCCCAAAGUAGUGGCCCUCAGCAAGGACAAAAAAGAUGAUGGGAAGGAUGCCGACUCUUUGCUUGAUGAGACGGUGGCCAACAGUAACCAGAACAACAGCAACUGCUCUUCACCAUCACGCAUGUCUGAUUCAGUGUCCUUGACCACAGACAGCAGUCAGGACAACUCCCUCUGCACCCCAGAGAGAGAGUCAAAGAUGCCUCUGGUCCCCAAGAACGGACAAGAGGAUGAAAACCUCAACCAGCUGAAGCAGAUGACCCCUCUACUCCAAAACUGUAAUGGCUCUGAGACGUCCCUACAGACCAUCCUGAAGAACCAGCAGAGCUAUGAAAGCAAGUCAGACCAGAUAGCCGACUAUAGUCUCUCUAUGGAGGAGAGGCUUGCCCUCAUUGAAAAGGGCAUAAACAACGGCGUGGCAGAACAGUACAGCAAGUGGGAUCAGAUCAACAUGAACGUGGCCAAAUUCCCACCUGACAACAUGGUGUCGUAUGAGGACCUGGAAAGGAUCAAAAGUCCCUCAGCCAAGGAGUCCAUGUCAAGCAACAACAAUGCCAUGGUGUCACUCGAGAGUCUUGAGAAUGGCAAUCGGAUUCAGAAAACCCAGUCUGGAGAGAAUUUUAAUGGACGAACGGAUCAAGUUCCCUUGCGGUAUGAGUCAACGAGGACCGUCUCCACAGGUGUAACGGCUUUAAGCGACAUGAGUCUUUCUCGUAGCACAGAGGAACUCUCGCCAGAGAAGAAAUGUCCACCGGCCCCAGUUGUGAAAUCUCAGAGCAUUGCCAACAUGGACGCUGGAGGAAUGAAGCUAUACUCCAUCGAAGGAGAAAGCCCUCCGUAUGAAGUGGCAUGUGCAGCCAGAACGUCUAUAAGCGGCGCUCAAGGCCAGAGCAUCGUCCGCUCCAAAUCCGCCUCUUUGCUAAACGACCAGCCAUUGCAAAUCUACCCUGGUUCCUCUGCGUCAUCCUCUGACCUCUUGUCCAGCUCCAAACCUCCGAUUAGCAGCGCCCGCUACCCCACUGGCCCCCCUCCGCAGUACAACAUCCAGUACGCCAGUAGCACUGUGCCCAAAGACAACUUGUGGAGCCAACGUACCCCCGUACCUCUUGAGCAGCCCUACCUCCCACCGCAGCACUCCCUCGCCAACACCAACUACUCCAACCGCAACAACGCCCCCCCAUAUCCCCAGCCCCAACAACGUGGCCCGCCCAAGACCCCGGACAUGUGGGCCAAGGAAAGGAUGCUGCCAUCUGUUGGCCAGCGUGGCACCUUGCAGAUACAAGGUAGCGGGUCCUCUGGCAGCCCCAUGUGCAUGCCGGACCCACGUCGCAUGCCAGGAAUGGAAGGAGGAGAGUACAUGACCUACCGGGACAUUCAUGCAGCAGGCCGUGGGGCUCUGCAGAUGAGCCAGGCGCUCCACAGACCCUUGUCCGCCCGCACUUACAGCAUGGACGGACCCAACGCUCCCCAGCCGCAGAGUGCCCGGCCCCCACCUCAGGAGCUUCCAGAGAGGACCAUGUCCGUCAGCGACUUCAACUACCAGCACGCCAGCCCCAGCAAGAGACCCAGCAUGAGGGUGAAAUCAGAGCACUCGUUGCUGGAUGGGCCAGUCAGCGGAGGCGGCAGGGUUCCAGCAGACUGGAGGGACCAGGUCAUGAGACACAUCGAAGCCAAGAAGAUGGAGAAGAGCGCUCUCUCUCGGUCUUUGGCCACUCUCAUUGGCAGUCAGAGCUCUCUGGCCUUUAGUGCUCUAGACGGAUGGCAGAUUGGAGCUCAUGGGCCCAGCGACGAUGUCUUCAGUCCUCAAGGACAACAGGGCUACCAUAUCGACACUCUGAGAAAAGUGCCUUUGAUGAACGGCCAGAUGUGUCCUCCUGUGAGAUCUCCCAUGAGCUGCGGUCAGCCACCGAUGGCACGCCACCCCUCACGAGAGCAGCUCAUCGACUAUCUGAUGCUCAAAGUGUCCCAGCAGCCCCCGGGCCCUCCACGGGUCCCACACGAGACGCUGCAGCAGGAGCUCCACGUGAAGAUUGAGAAGAAUCCUGAGCUGGGUUUCAGUAUAUCAGGAGGAGUGGGUGGACGUGGGAAUCCCUUCCGUCCAGAUGACAACGGCAUCUUUGUGACGAGGGUUCAGUCAGAGGGACCUGCUUCAAAACUCCUUCAGCCUGGGGACAAGAUCGUCCAGGCAAACGGAUACAGCUUCGUUAACAUCGAUCACGGAUACGCAGUAUCCCUCCUGAAGACGUUCCCCAACACCGUCGACCUGAUCAUCAUUCGAGAGAUGGCCGCGUAACAGAGCACCGUCUUAUUUUUGUACCGAGAGGAGCCAGUGCUAUAUAUAGCUAAUCUGAACUGAUGUUAACGGGACGAUGGUUGACCGUCGGUGAAACCACUGAAUCAAGUGGAAGACAGAAGCAUGCGCCUUCACUGUGGGAUAGUCUGUUGGCGCAGGCC